AUGUCUUCCGGACAGACCUUCAAGCUCAACAACGGCGUCACCAUCCCCGGUGUCGGUUUCGGUACCUUCGCCAGUGAGGGCUCCAAGGGUGAGUCCUACAAGGCCACUCUUCACGCCCUUCGCACUGGUUACAGACACCUUGACUGUGCCUGGUUCUACCAGAACGAGGAGGAGAUCGGUGAUGCCAUCCGCGACUUCCUCAAGGAGAACUCGUCGGUCAAGCGUAAGGACAUCUUUGUGUGCACCAAGGUCUGGAACCACCUGCACCGCUACGAAGAUGUCAUCUGGUCUGUCGAGAACUCGCUGAAGCGUCUGCAACUCGACUACAUUGACCUUUUCCUCAUUCACUGGCCCAUUGCUUCCGAGAAGGAGACCCAGGAGCAGCCCAAGAUUGGCGCUGAUGGCAAGUACGUCAUCCUCCACGACCUGACUGAGAACCCCGAGCCCACCUGGCGCGCAAUGGAGAAAAUCUACGAAGACGGCAAGGCCCGCGCCAUUGGUGUCUCGAACUGGAACAUCUCCGACUUCGAGAAGCUCUUCAAGUUCGCCAAGGUCAAGCCCACUGUCAACCAAAUCGAGAUCCAUCCCUUCCUCCCCAACGAAGAGCUGGUCCAGUACUGCUUCAAGCACGACGUCCUGCCCGCCGCCUACUCGCCUCUUGGCUCUCAGAACCAGGUCCCCACCACUGGCGAGCGUGUCAGCGAGAACAAGACCCUCAACGACAUUGCCCAGAAGGGCGGUAACACCCUUGCUCAGGUCCUCAUCGCAUGGGGUCUGCGCCGUGGCUACGUUGUGCUGCCCAAGAGUGGCAACCCGGCCCGUAUGGAGUCCAACUUCAAGAGCAUCAACUUGUCGGAUGAGGACUACGAGGCUGUCAACGCUGUUGCCAAGGGCCGUCACUUCCGUUUCGUCAACAUGAAGGACACCUUCGGUUACGACGUGUGGCCUGAGGAGACUGCUAAGCAGCUCUCUGCUUAG